CUAAAUCCAAGCAAAUUGGCCCGAUCACUCCAAAUUCUAUCCAUUGAAAUAAUCUCCAAUCUUAAACCGGUGAACGGCGGAUGCAAGCGCCACGUGGCAGCUCCUCAUUACCCCACAGCAGAUAAGAUAGCAUGGCAGCUAAACCCUUCGCUGAAAUCCCACCACAGCCAAAAACCGCCCCCGAUAAAAACCGUCAAAAUGCCCCCUCCGCCACCACACAAUGCCACUGUAGAUGUUAUCCGGCGGCGAACGGCGGCACCUCCAGCCGCGGCUGACGGAGCCGAGCAGCUACGACGCGUCGGCCACUCCCAGAGUCCUCACCGUGCUCUCCUGCGUGCUGGAGAAGCUCGUCGCUCGGAACGACCAAUUGAGCGGCGGCGGCGGCAGAGGCUACGGGAAGAGGCUGAGCGCGUUCCACGGCGUCCGAUCGCCGGCGAUCGGGCUGGAUAAGUACGUGGAGCGGAUCUACAAGUACACGAGCUGCAGCCCGUCGUGCUUCGUGGUGGCGUUCGUCUACAUCGACCGGCUGCUCCACCGCUAUCCGGAUUCGCUGGUGGUCUCGCUCAAUGUUCAUCGAUUGCUCGUCACCAGCGUCAUGAUUGCUUCCAAAACUCUCGAUGAUGAACACUACAACAACGCAUUCUACGCUCGAGUUGGUGGGGUGAGCAAUUCGGAACUAAACAAGCUAGAACUCGAGCUACUUUUUCUGUUAGAUUUUGAUGUUACUGUUAGCUCUCGAAUUUUCGAGAGCUAUUGCCAGCAUUUGGAGAAAGAAAUGCUCUGCAACGAUCUCGUCGAGAGGCUACCAGCGCCGGGGAUAACCAUCUCCGUCGACGAUGUCACUGAGAUUUCUGUGGGAGACGCACAAACUUCUUCACCACCCAUCCUAGUCGAUUCAUAGAUAAGAUAACUUGCUUUGAUUUUCUUUUUCUUAUUUUUGCCCUAAUCUGUAAAAUAUGCCAUAUUUUUUCAAUUGAGUUGAUUUACAAAAGUUGUAAUAGUUGUGUAUAUUUCUAUCAUUAUAUAUAGUUAAUCAAAUAAAGUUUGUAUUGACGAUU